CUGGCAACGCGAGCGCACGCGGCGCCACGGACACUCCAACUUUUUAUCCCACGGUAAGCCUGGAUUACUUUCUGCCGUCAGACGCCGGUGUGACGAUGCACCGGGUCACUUGAAGUCGGUACGAGGUGCAACCGAACCUGAAUAAGAUAAAAUGCAGAAGAGCGUCCGGUACAACGAGGGGCACGCGCUUUACCUGUCCGUGGUGGCGCGGAAAGAGGGCGCCAAGCGCGGCUUCCUGAGCAAGAAGAGCGCGGAGAACGGCCGCUGGACCGAGAAGUACUUCGCUCUCUACCAGAACCUGCUUUUCUACUUCGAAAACGAGCAGAGCGCGCGCCCCUCCGGGAUGUACCUGCUGGAGAGGUGCACGUGCGAGCGCGCACCUGCGCCCCAAGCCUCCGCCGUCACCAAGGAGCCUCUGGAAAAACAACAGCACUACUUUCUGGUCAUUUUUGGCCAUGAUGGACAGAAGCCAUUGGAGUUGCAGGCAGAAGAAGAGUCAGAUUCCAGUGAGUGGGUGGAGAGCAUACAGCACGCCAGUUACUCUGACAUCGUUCUUGAGCAUGAGAUCCUCAUGCAGAAGUACAUCCACCUCGUCCAGAUUAUGGAGACAGAGAAGAUAGCAGCCAGUCAACUCCGCACUCAGCUGGAGGACCAGGACACAGAGAUCGAGAGGCUCAAGGCGGAGAUUGUACUAUUAAACAAAGCCAAGGAGCAGAUGGCGCCUCAACACAACAACCAAGAGGAGGAGGACCCAGACAUUAAAAAAAUCAAAAAGGUGCAGAGUUUCCUGCGUGGCUGGCUGUGCCGGAGGAAGUGGAAGAUCAUUGUCCAGGACUACAUCUGUUCCCCUCACGCUGAGAACAUGAGGAAGAGGAACCAGAUAGUCUUCACCAUGGUGGAAGCAGAGACAGAAUACGUCCACCAGCUGUCCAUACUGGUCAACUGUUUCCUCAGACCGUUACGCAUGGCUGCCAGCUCCAAGAAACCUCCCAUAAGCCACGAUGACGUCAGCAGCAUAUUCCUCAACAGUGAGACGAUCAUGUUUCUGCAUGAGAUAUUCCACCAGGGUCUUAAGGCUCGCAUCGCAAACUGGCCCACCCUGGUUCUUGCUGACCUUUUUGACAUCCUGCUGCCGAUGCUGAACAUAUACCAGGAGUUUGUGCGUAACCACCAGUACAGUCUACAAGUUCUAGCCAACUGCAAGCAGAACAGAGACUUUGACAAGCUGCUGAAACAGUACGAGUCCAACGCUGCAUGCGAGGGCCGCAUGUUGGAGACGUUCCUCACGUAUCCCAUGUUCCAGAUUCCACGAUACAUCAUCACCCUCCAUGAGCUGCUGGCACACACACCUCAUGAACAUGUUGAACGUAAGAGCCUGGAGUUUGCCAAAUCCAAGCUGGAGGAACUGUCAAAGAUGAUACACGAUGAAGUGAGUGACACAGAGAACAUCAGGAAGAACCUGGCAAUAGAAAGGAUGAUCGUAGAGGGCUGUGACAUUCUCCUGGACACCAGUCAGACCUUCGUCAGACAAGGUUCUCUUAUUCAGCUGCCACCCAGCAGUGAACGGGGCAUGCUCAGUAAGGUCCGCCUGGGUGCCCUCUCACUUCGGAAGGAAGGGGAGAGGCAGUGCUUCCUGUUUACCAAACACUUCCUCAUCUGUACUCGCACAUCUGGAAGAAAACUUCACUUGCUCAAGCAAGGCGGAACCCUGUCUCUAAUCGAGUGCACCCUCAUUGAAGAACUGGAGACCGGCGAUGAGGACUACAAUGCUGCAGGUCAAGGUUUCAACCAUCUGGAGUUUAAAAUAGUGGUUGAGCCCCCUGAUGGUCAGGCUUUCGCUGUUGUCCUUUUGGCUCCAUCCCGUCAAGAAAAGGCUGCCUGGACAAGUGACAUCAGUCAGUGCAUUGAUAAUAUCCGAUGUAAUGGCCUGAUGACCAGCGUGUUUGAGGAGAACUCCAAAGUGUCUGUGCCCCACAUGAUCAAGUCUGAUACCCGACUGCAUAAAGACGAUGUUGACAUUUGCUUCAGCAAGACACUGAACUCCUGCAAGGUCCCUCAGAUCAGAUACGCCAGCGUGGCGCGCCUCCUGGAGCGACUGACAGACCUGCGCUUCCUGUCCAUAGAUUUCCUCAACACCUUCCUCCACACCUACAGGAUCUUCACCACUGCCGCCGUGGUCAUAGACAAGCUGACAGACAUCUACAAGAAGCCGUUCAUGUCCAUACCUGUCAGGUCUCUGGAAAUCUUUGCCACCAACCAGGGUGCCUGGGGAACUGAUCCUUUGAGCACCAAAUCUCCCAGAUUGUGUCGCAAAUUUUCCUCUCCCCCUCCCCUCUCCAUGUCCUCUCACACAUCUUCCCCUGUCCACUGCCGCAAACUGUCCCUCAGUUCCUCAGUCAGUGCUAAAGUAGGAGCGUUGGACCUGUCUCCCACCCCCUGUUCAUUCUCCACAGUUAACUCGCCCACAUCCAGUCAGAGUCCUUGCAUCUCUUCUCCUCCUCCCAGCACAACUAGGGCCCCCUCUGGCCUGCCCUCCCCUCCACACAUCACGACUCACUCGCCCAGCUUUCCACAGCCACCUGGCAUGUCCUCUCCACCCCUCACCUACCACAAAUUCCCUUUAGACCUCCGCCGUGGUCCCAGUUCGCCAGAACUUAGCCCAGCAACAGCAGAGGAUGCCAGCGGAGAGCUGCCUCGCAUGGAUGCCUUCUGUGGAAAACUGAGGCGCAGCAUCCGCAGGGCUGUUCUGGAGUCAGUGUCUCUGGACAAGUUUAUUCCUGAAACGCCAGCCAGCAGCGAGUCAGGCGACCUGUCCCCCUGUCGUUCACCCACAACGCCGAGACAUCUGUGCUGCAGACAAGCAGGAGUCACAUCUGGGGAGGGCGCUCACUGUACUGUGUCGCCAGCUUCAGCGUUUGCUAUUGCCACUGCUGCUGCUGGGCACAGCAGAUGCCAGGGUUUUCAUAAUCUGGAGAAAGCUUGCGACAAGGAGUUCAUCAUCCGCAGAGCCGCUACGAACCGAGUGCUGAACGUGUUACGACACUGGGUGUCUAAACACUCACAGGACUUUGAUUUGAACGCUGAGCUGAAGAUGGGGGUGUUGACGCUCCUAGAAGAGGUCCUCCAUGAUCCAGACCUGCUUCCACAGGAGAGGAAAGCAACCACAAACAUAUUAAGUGCCCUUUCUCAAGAAGAUCAGGAUGACGCCCAAAUGAGGAUCGAGGAUAUAUUACAGAUGAAAAGCUGCCCCCUGCUGCACUUCAUUGUGGGGGAGAGUCCAAAAGUGGAAUGUUUUGAGGUGCUGUCGGCCAUGGAGCUCGCUGAGCAGAUCACCCUGCUGGAUCACAUCGUGUUCAGGAGUAUUCCCUACGAGGAGUUCCUCGGUCAGGGUUGGAUGAAGGUUGACAAGACAGAGAGGACUCCAUACAUCAUGAAGACCAGUCAGCACUUUAAUGAAAUGAGUAACCUGGUGGCUUCUCAGAUCAUAUCCCACACUGACGUGGGCUCCAGGGCCGGCUCCAUAGAAAAAUGGUUGGCAGUGGCCGAUAUCUGUCGCUGUCUCAACAACUACAACGGUGUCCUGGAGAUCAUCUCCGCUCUUAACCGCAGCGCCAUCUACAGACUGAAGAAAACCUGGGCCAAAGUUUGCAGACAGACAAAGGCAGUGAUGGACAGGCUGCAGAAGACUGUGUCAUCAGAAGGGAGGUUCAAGAAUCUCAGAGAGACACUGAAAAACUGUAAUCCUCCAUGUGUCCCUUAUCUGGGCAUGUACCUCACUGACCUGGCCUUCAUUGAAGAGGGAACUCCAAACUUCACUGAGGAAGGCCUAGUUAACUUCUCCAAGAUGAGGAUGAUUUCACAUAUUAUCAGAGAGAUCCGUCAGUUCCAGCAGGCCCCUUACCGAAUAGAGCAUCAACCCAAGGUGACUCAGUUUCUGCUGGACAAGACGCUGGUGAUGGAUGAAGACACCCUGUACGAGCUCUCACUGAAAAUCGAACCACGUGUACCCCCUGGCUGAUAACAUGACACACACACAUAGACGCAGGUUUUCCAGGUUACAAAAACAACACGGGAAGCAAACAGAACACAAACACACACUUCUUUUACUCACAUAGAUGUACGUAUUAAAUAAAGCAGUUUUUUGCUCAGGAAUCUCAGGUGGAAAUGUGCCUUCUUCUCUUCAGUUAUCUGCUGUCUGCAUCCAGUAAAUAGACUGAUGUAUAUGGAACAUACACAGGUUUUCUUAUUUCUUUAGAGGUACAGUUUUGACUUUGGAACUAUGAAACCUGAUAAGUUACUCCAACUACAAUAUUUGAGGCAACUGAUUACCUCAAACUGAUUAACUCAACAAAUCCUCA